AUGGUGCUGUCAAUGGCGCUCUUUCUACUCUUCCUCCUCUCACUGGCGGCUGCUGUUGCAUCGAAAGAGACAGUAAACCUUGAUUAUGCAUCGUAUAAAGGAGUGAAGCAAUCCAACGGCAUCACGCAAUGGCUGGGAAUGCGAUACGCCGCACCCCCUGUCGGCAAUCUGAGGUUUGCUGCUCCUCAGGAUCCGCCAGUCGUUGAUGGUGUACAAAGAGCAGACAAGCAUGGCCAUAUCUGUAUAGGUACCGGUGACAGUCCCAAAAACCCCUCCGAAUCAGAAGACUGUCUCUAUAUUGAUGUCUACGCCCCGUCUCACACAACCGUCGAAUCAAAGCUUCCGGUCUACUUCUUCAUUCAGGGUGGCGGGUUCAACUAUGAUGCCAAUGCAAACUACGAUGGCCCGGGCUUGAUCGCCGCUUCAGGUCAUCAAAUUGUGGUCGUAACCUUCAAUUACCGGGUUGGGCCUUAUGGCUUUUUGGCCAGUCGUCAAAUUCGAGAUGCCGCUGGCGCAAGUCUGAACAACGGUCUGAAAGACCAGAGGAAAGCACUCGAAUGGGUACGGAAGUAUAUCCAUCUAUUUGGUGGUGAUCCUGAACAUGUCGUGCUUGGAGGAGAUUCUGCCGGUGCUACCUCAGUUGCCCUACAGCUCACAGCUUUUGGUGGUCGGGAUGAUGGGCUGUUUGUUGGGGCUGCUCUCGAGUCUGUCAGUUUUGCUCCAAUGCUGACGGUCGAAGAGAGCCAGUAUCAGUACGACAAUCUCGCUGCACGCCUCGGGUGUGCUAGUCAACCAACCAAGACCGACGACGACAGUCUGGCUUGCUUGCGUUCGAAAAGCACCGGCGAACUCCAAGCCCACAACCAUAAUAUUCCAUACCCUGGAGCCCAUAAACCCCCUAUAUUCAUGUGGAACCCCGUCCUCGAUCACGAUUUCAUCCGGAACCUCACCUAUAACGCCUUUGACUCGGGGUCAUUUGUUCGCGUUCCUGUCAUCUCAGGAGACGAUACUAAUGGUGGGACAAUUUUCACCCCUCGCAAGACAUCCAGUCGCUCACAGUCCGAGACUUUCCUCCACAACCAGUUCCCACAUCUGACGGCCGAACAUUUGCAACAAAUCAGUGAACUCUACCCGAAUAACGGUCCUUACUUCCCCAACACGGGUUCCUGGUGGCGACAGGUCUCUGACGCAUACGGUGAUUUGCGCUACAUGUGUCCGAACCUCUUCAUUUCUAGUACCCUGUCUCGGCACGGAUUAAAAGGAAACUGGAACUAUCGGUACAACGUGGAAGAUCCGACACAGGUGGCACAAGGUCUGGGCGUACCGCACACUGUGGAGCUUGCUGCCAUCUGGGGCCCAGAGAACGUUCGAGGCGGGGUGCCUGCAAGUUAUCGAGAGGGCAAGUCGAAUGCCUGGAUCGUUCCUGUCAUGCAAGGCUAUUGGACGAGCUUUGUCAGAGCACUAGAUCCCAAUGUCCAUCGUGCUGAUGGAGCACCAGUGUGGGAGGAGUUUGCUCUAAGCAGAACAGAAGAACACUGGGCUCGAUUGCUCUUCGAUAAGCCUCACACAACGGGGAUGGAGACGGUCAGCGCAGACACACGGUCGCACUGCCAAUAUUUUAGGGGGAUUGGUGUUGAAAUUCGACAAUGA